AUGGCACCCUCGGCUCAAAAGGGUCGUGGCACUCAAGCUUUGGACGACCUCAUUAUGGCUACAAACAGCAGUUCGAUAGUUUCGAAACGAAGUGUGGAACGUCUCUACUAUCCCGAUGAGCCGCACUACUUCCGUUUCUUUGUCAAGAAGUUCCAGCGAAGGGCUCCCCUCAUCAACAGGGGCUACCACCUGCGCCUGAAAGUCAUUGAUACUCUCGUGCACCGCUUUCUCCAGAAACCCUCGCUCCGUAAAAAGGUUGUCGUCAACCUUGGCUGCGGAAGCGAUGUCUUGCCCUGGCAGUGUGAGGUCCGCUAUCCCGAAUCAUGCCGGGACGUCACCUUUGUCGACGUCGACUAUCCGGAUCUCAUUCGGAAGAAGCGUCAGAUCGUCCUUGAAACCCCUGAGUUGCAGGGCCUCCUGGGGUCCUGGGAGGUCAGCCACGACUCCCCUGUUGUCCUCAAGAGCCAAAGAUACUGUCAGGUAGGUUGUGAUCUUCGGCAGCUGGCAACUCUGCAGAGGUGCCUGGAUACCUUGUUCGACAUUUCCAACACGGAAUUCCUCUUUGUGGCCGAAGUUUCCAUCACCUACAUGGAUACCGAAGGUGCUGAUGGAGUGAUUAGCUGGGCAAGCGCCUUCAGACAUGCCGAAUUCUGUCUGCUGGAACAAAUCCUGCCGGAUGGACCCGACCAUCCCUUCGCGCACACAAUGCUCAAGCAUUUCGAUAAGCUCAAUACACGACUGAAAUCGGUCCACCGUUACCCUACCGUUGCUAGCCAGAAGAAGCGUUUCGAGUCUCUCGGGUGGCCGUCGACCGAGAGCUGGACACUCUGGGAGACUUGGUCUGAUGAUCUGUUCAUGACUGCCGCUGAGAGGAGAGCCCUCGACACCGUCGAAGCCUUUGAUGAGUGGGAGGAGUUUGCACUCUUCGCCAGCCAUUAUUUUGUCAUGCUCGCCUCCACCUCCCACCCCGAAGUCGACGGGCACGUCUCCAGGCCUCUAGCGGAACUCAGCGUUCAGUCCUACCAGUCCCCCAUGAGCACAAGCGUAUACGAGGCUGGCAGAGGACAUCGACGGUUUGGCGCUGCCAUGCUCAUCGAGAACCCAGACGGGCAGGCGCUCAUCUCGCACAACUUCGGACAAGGUCCCAACGGUCGACUCAACUCCGAAGACUUGUAUCGGAUUUCCAGCCACCCUGUCGCAUCUUGUUCACCCAGAAAGGGACCGUCGGGGCGGGUCUGUCACACCCUCACAGACUUGGGCAGUGCCGGCGCUCUUUUGGCAGGUGGCCGUGCAUCACCAUCGACCGCCUUCAAGGACUGCUGGCUUUUCAAAAAGGUGUUCAAUACUUGGGAGCGAGUAGAGGACCUUCCGUCUCCCCUUUUCAGGCACUCUGUCACUCGAUUGGGCUCAUCAUCUCUCGCCCUGCUGGCCGGUGGAAAGACGAAUCACUUCCGAACAUCGGCCGAAUACCUCCUCUUCGACCCCACAAAGGGCUGGUCCAAGUGCAGGACACGAUCCGCGCCGUCUUCGCUGUACGGCGCCACCUUUGUCUGCACAGGCAGUAAAGGACCUCGCACUUUCGAGGGGUUUCUUAUUGGAGGUAAUCUUGAGGAUGGCACAAUCAACCAGAACAUCCACACAUGGAAGCUGGAUCUGUCCGAAACCGAGCCCUCUCUGGCAUUUGUGCAACAGAUACCUCAAGACGAGCGGGUUCCCAGCAGUCUUUCGAGGUUUGGAUCCAUCGCUGUACAGUCGAAGAACGGGUACGUCAUUCUCUUGGGCGGCGUGAUCAAAGACGUACAACUUCCCUCGGCAGACGACAUCCUUGUUCUCAGGAUGACGGGAGGUCAUAUCGACGUGGUUGCCAGGCUCAACGGCACAGAGAGCUCCGGCGUAGUACGCCCAUUCAUUGUUGGGUCCUCCGUCGUGUCCUACGGAGAGGGGAACUUUGCCAUCGUCGGCGGCGGCGCGACGUGCUUCUCGAUGGGGACGUACUGGGCGGUGGGAAGUCACGCCUUCCACUUCGAUGUCGACCGGCUUUCACCCCAGAGUGACAUACUGCUUCCGUUGCCACAGCCCGAGCCAGUAAGGUACCUAGCAGCGGUGGAGAUCACGGCGGGCAACAAAGAGAAUGCCGCCGCGUCAUGGGCCCCUGUCGAGAGGCAGGUCGUUCCUCGUGUUAAAAUCGAGACCGCGGAGCAUUUCCAAAAGUUACUCGAAGCAGGCAAACCUGUCGUCAUUGAGGGGUCGGACAUCGGUCCUUGCAAGUCCGCUUGGUCGGCUGAAUACCUUAUCAACAGUGUUGGCCCCGAUCGCAAGGUCUCUGUACACGAGUCCACCACUGAGAAGAUGGACUUCACCGCCAAGAACUUCCGCUAUGUUACCCAGAGCUUUGGAGAGUUCAUCAGGCAAGCUCAGGACGGGAAGCGGUUGUAUCUGAGGGCACUUUCCAGGGAAGAGCCGUCAAGCCUCCCCACCCAGCUCGCCGAUGAUUACCCGUCUUUGGCGAAGGAUUUUGCUUUGCCACCUCAGCUUGGCUUCGUGGACAAAAACUCAUUCAGCUCCGUGUUGCGCAUCUCCGGCCCAGUAAACAUAUGGUUGCACUACGACGUCAUGGCAAAUGUGUACGUCCAAGUCAGCGGCUCCAAGCGUCUGAUCCUUUUCCCCCCUUCAGACGUAUCCUACUUGUCCUUUGCCCCAGGCGCUUCGAGCUCUGGUGUCGACGUCUUCUCGUCACUCGACGCGGGCUCUCUGAGAGGUGUCCAUCCGCACGAGGCUGUCGUCGGGCCUGGUGACAUUCUUUUCCUCCCGCCACUCUGGCUCCACACCGCCACACCCACGUCCGACAUGAGCGUCGCCAUCAAUGUUUUCUUCCGCAACCUGGAAAGGGGAUACUCGACAGGGAGGGACGUCUACGGGAACCGCGACCUAGCCGCUUAUGAGAAGGGGCGCCAGGAUAUCGCCCGCGUCGGCAGCAGCUUCAGUAAUCUACCCCCGGACGCUCGGGAGUUCUACAUACGGCGCUUAGCGGAUGAACUGCUACAGUCCACAACGAGUCUAUAG